AUGAAUGACACACUAACUAUCUGGACCAAGAAGUUCAUGACCAACAGAUCACUUCAAUGGAAACAAAUGGUCAUGGAUGUCCUUCACCCUGGGAAGGCAAUGGUGCCUGAGACAGAAAUUUGGGAAAAACUAGCCAAAAUGUACAAGGUCACACCAGAUGUCACCUUUCUAUUUGGAUUCAGAACCCAUUUUAGUGGUGGCAAGACAAUUGGCUUUGGCAUGAUUUAUGAUUCCUUGGAUUACACAAAGGAAAAUGAACCCAAACAUAGACUUGCAAGACAUGGCCUAUAUGAGAAGAAAGAGACCUCAAGAAAACAGCAAAAGGAACUCAAGAACAGAAUGAAGAAAGCUAGGGGGCUGCAAAGGCCAAUGUUGUGCUGCCAAAAAGAAAGACUACAGAUUCAUCGGUGA